AGUGCGAAACAAACAAAUUAAGGAGUUUGAAAGGAAACAACAGCAGCUAGCAGCUAGCAGCAAAGCAACAGGCAAACGCUAAACAGAGCAAGAGAAAAAGAAAGCAGAGCAAAGACUGAUGUGAAAACAAAACAAGAAAAAAUAAAAUGGUCUCUCUCAUUUAUUUUCUUUCUGUCUGGUAUUUGGGGUUUCUCCUGUAACAUUCCCAAAUCCCAAUAUUCCUGCUCCUAUAAGUCCUCAAACUCGAAAUAUACUGCCCACAACUCUUUUUCUUUUCUCUGAUAAAAACAUAAGAAAGCACAAACUCCUGAACUGGUGCCAGGUCUGUCUCUUCAGUAUCAUAAUCUCCAUGGCUCCACAAACCUCGUCUUGAUCCCUUCGCUUUUCUCGCUUAUUCUCGUAAGCGAAAUCACAGACGUGAAGUGGCCGGGGAUGAUGGCGGUGAGUUCGGCCUGCAAAGAUGGCAAUAAGGACGGGUUGGAUAACGGCAAGUAUGUUCGGUACACGCCUGAGCAAGUUGAGGCGCUCGAAAGACUCUACCACGACUGCCCCAAACCCAGCUCCAUGCGCCGUCAACAGCUUAUAAGGGAAUGUCCUAUUCUCUCCAACAUCGAGCCCAAGCAGAUCAAAGUUUGGUUCCAAAACCGAAGAUGUAGAGAGAAGCAGCGAAAAGAGGCAUCACGCCUACAAGCUGUGAAUAGGAAGUUAUCUGCGAUGAAUAAGCUUCUGAUGGAGGAAAAUGAUCGGUUGCAGAAGCAGGUGUCACAGCUCGUGUACGAGAACAGUUAUUUCCGCCAACAUACACAAAAUGCGACCCUCGCCACCACAGACACGAGUUGUGAGUCGGUGGUGACCAGUGGUCAACACCAAUUGACUUCUCAGCAUCCUCCAAGGGAUGCAAGCCCUGCAGGACUCAUGUCCCUUGCAGAGGAGACUUUAACAGAGUUUCUUUCAAAGGCCACCGGAACUGCUGUGGAGUGGGUCCAAAUGCCUGGGAUGAAGCCUGGUCCGGAUUCCAUUGGAAUCAUUGCUAUUUCUCAUGGUUGCCCUGGAGUGGCAGCACGUGCAUGUGGCCUUGUUGGUCUAGAACCUUCGAGAGUCGCCGAAAUCCUCAAAGAUCGGCAUUCAUGGUUCCGUGGUUGCCGAGCUGUGGAUGUCUUAAAUGUGUUGUCCACUGGAAAUGGUGGAACCAUUGAACUGCUUUACAUGCAGCUAUAUGCACCUACAACUUUGGCACCGGCUCGUGACUUCUGGUUGCUGCGCUACACAUCUGUUUUGGAGGAUGGUAGUCUUGUGGUCUGUGAAAGAUCACUUAACAAUACUCAGAAUGGCCCUAGCAUGCCGGCUGUGCAACAAUUUGUGAGAGCAGAAAUGCUACCCAGUGGGUAUCUGAUUAGACCUUGUGAAGGGGGUGGAUCAAUUAUUCAUAUAGUAGAUCAUAUGGAUUUAGAGCCUUGGAGUGUACCUGAAGUGUUGCGCCCGCUUUACGAAUCUUCAACACUACUUGCUCAGAAGACAACGAUGGCGGCCUUGCGCCAUUUGAGGCAGAUCUCUCAAGAAGUUUCUCAGCAACCAAAUGUCACUGGUUGGGGGAGGAGACCUGCAGCUUUACGUGCUCUUAGCCAGAGACUGAGCAAGGGGUUUAACGAAGCAGUUAAUGGGUUUACAGUUGAGGGAUGGUCUAUGUUAGAAAGUGAUGGCAUUGAUGAUGUUACCGUUCUUGUGAACUCAUCUCCUGCAAAGAUGAUGGGUGGGGAUAUUUCUUAUGCCAAUGGAUUUCCGUCUAUGAGCAAUGCGGUGCUAUGUGCAAAAGCUUCCAUGUUAUUACAAAAUGUGCCUCCUGCAGUACUUCUUAGAUUUCUGCGAGAACACCGGUCGGAGUGGGCAGACAGCAGUAUUGAUGCGUAUUCAGCUGCUGCCAUUAAGGCUGGUCCUUCUAGCUUAAUAGGAGUUCGAACUGCAAGUUUUGGAAGUCAGGUCAUUCUUCCGCUGGCUCACACAAUUGAGCAUGAAGAGUUUAUGGAGGUCAUUAAGCUUGAAAGUAUGGGCCACUAUCGAGAGGACAUGAUUAUGGCUGGUGACAUCUUCCUCUUGCAACUUUGUAGUGGAGUGGAUGAGAAUGCUGCUGGGACCUGUGCCGAGCUCAUCUUUGCUCCCAUCGAUUCCUCCUUUUCUGAUGAUGCACCAAUUAUACCCUCCGGUUUUCGUAUUAUUCCUAUUGACUCUGGAAUUGACUCCUCCAGCCCAAACCGCACACUUGAUCUUGCCUCUGCUCUUGAAGUUGGACCCACUGGAAACAAAGCAUCUGGUGAAAAUUCUGGCCACUGUGGGAGCACCAAAUCUGUGAUGACAAUAGCAUUCCAGUUCGCAAUUGAAGUCCACCUUCAAGACAAUGUAGCAGCCAUGGCACGACAGUAUGUCCGGAGUAUUAUAGCAUCUGUACAGAGGGUGGCACUGGCGCUCUCUCCUUCUUGUUUUAGUUCACAUGCUGGUUUUCGGUCACCACCGGGCACUCCUGAAGCUCACACGCUUGCUCAAUGGAUCUGUCACAGCUACAGGUGCUAUCUAGGGGUUGAACUACUAAGCGAAGGAAGUGAAUCCAAUCUCAAAACUCUUUGGCAUCAUUCAGAUGCUGUCAUGUGUUGCUCUUUAAAGGCACUGCCGACUUUUACAUUUGCAAAUCAGGCUGGUCUUGACAUGCUUGAGACAACCUUGGUUGCGCUUCAAGAUAUUACUCUGGAAAAGAUUUUUGAUGACAAUGGAAGGAAAAUCCUGUGUUCAGAGUUCCCACAGAUAAUGCAGCAGGGUUUUAUGUGUCUUCAAGGUGGAAUUUGCUUGUCUAGCAUGGGGAGGCCAAUUUCCUAUGAGAGAGCAGUGGCAUGGAAGGUGUUGAAUGAGGAAGAGAAUGCUCAUUGUAUCUGCUUCAUGUUCAUCAACUGGUCUUUCGUCUGAAAACUUUGGGGACAGAACAUCCUAGGAUGAAGGGGAAAAAGGAAAAAAAAAGAUCGAUUGAAAGACAAAUAUCUUCUCUUAUCCUUUUGGUAUAUAUGGAGAUACCCUAGAUUAAUGCCUUUUUGUACUGUUAUGAACAUGCUGCACCGAAAGGCAUCUGGGGUCCUCCACCCCCACCAUUUUUGGUUCUCCUAUAUUCUGCUUUUAUGCUAUAUUCAUGAAUCCUAGUGUUCUGUCUUUUCUUUUUA